GUUACUCACUCCAUGGCUGCGGAAAAGAGAGGCGGCGAAGGCAGCGGCGGCCUCGUUUGAAGAGAGACGGUGGAAGCAGAGAGCGCAGGCGCGGAAAAGCACAGGCAGACAGACGCGCUUUGCCAGUCCAGGCAGUUGGGCCUCUGGUUAAGUUCCUCUCCAUCACAACAUGAAGCCAACAAAGGACCUGGUGUCUCUGGCCUAACAAGGGCAGCAGGACAAAGCCACUCCAGUUCUACGUGCACCUGACAAUGACUUCUGUCCCAGGCUGACCAGAAAGGCCAUGGGCGCUGAGAGAGCCCCCCAGAGUCUGACAUGCACUUUGAGUCUCGUCAUCCUCAGCCUGGCUGCCUCCCUGGACCCCUUGGAGAAGUGUACACGGGACCCUGACUACGAGCAGCUUCUCAGAGUGGUCACCUUGGGCCUCAAUCGGACUGUGAAGCCCUACAAGGUGAUAGUAGUUGGUGCUGGUGUGUCUGGGUUGGUGGCCGCCAAGGUGCUCAGCGAUGCUGGACACAAGGUCACCAUCCUGGAGGCAGAUAACAGGAUCGGGGGCCGAAUCUUCACUUUCCGAGACCAGAAGACAGGCUGGUCAGGGGAGCUGGGGGCCAUGCGAAUGCCCAGCUCCCACAGGAUCCUGCACAAGCUCUGCAAAAGCCUAGGCCUCAACCUAACACAGUUUACACAGUAUGAUGAGAAUACAUGGACUGAGGUAAGCAACAUGAAGCUGCGGAAAUACGUGGUGGAAAAGAUGCCGGAGAAGUUAGGCUACAACCUGAGCUCUCAGGAGAGGGGCCACUCGCCAGAGGACAUCUAUCAGAUGGCUCUCAGCAAGGCCCACCAAGAUGUCAAGGCCUUGGGCUGCAAGAAAGCCAUGAAGAAGUUCAGUAGGCACUCACUCCUGGAAUACCUCCUUGGGGAAGGCAACCUGUCCCCAUCAGCCGUGCAGCUUCUGGGAGAUGUGAUGUCCAAGGACGGCUUCUUCUAUCUCAGCUUCGCUGAGGAUUUGCGCGCACACAGCUGCCUCAGUGACCGGCUCAGGUACAGCCGCAUCGUGGGCGGCUGGGACCUGCUGCCGCGCGCGCUGCUGAGCUCGCUAUCGGGGCCCUUGGUUCUGAACGCACCAGUGGUGGCAAUGACUCAGAGUGUGCACGAAGUCCGCGUUCACAUUGCCACCCCGCGCCAGCCGCGGGGCCUGAAGACGCUGACGGCCGACGUGGUGCUGGUGACGGCCAGCGGCCCCGCGCUGCAGCGCAUCGCCUUUGUGCCGCCGCUGCCGCACAGGCGACAGCAGGCGCUGCGCAGGCUGCACUACGUGGCAGCUACCAAGAUUUUCCUGAGCUUUCGCCGGCCGUUCUGGCAAGACGAGCACAUCCAGGGCGGCCACUCGAACACCGACCGCCCGUCGCGCAUGAUAUUCUACCCGCCGCCGGGCGAGGGCGCCCUGCUCCUGGCCUCGUACACGUGGUCUGACGCUGUGGCCCCGUUCGCAGGCCUGAGCAUGGAUGAGGCGCUGCGCCUGGCGCUCCAGGACGUGGCUGCCCUCCAUGGGCCGCUCGUGUACCAGCUGUGGGACGGCACCGGCAUGGUCAAGCGUUGGGCAGAGGACCCCCACAGUCAAGGUGGCUUUGUGGUGCAGCCACCUUUACUCGGGCAAGCGGACCAAGACGACUGGUCUCUUCCCCAUGGACGCAUCUACUUCGCUGGUGAGCACACGGCCUAUCCACACGGCUGGGUGGAGACUGCCGUCAAGUCGGCGCUGCGGGCGGCUUUGAGGAUCAACAACCCUGAGUUGCACGAGCACAAGGAGGUCAGCUCCAAAGAGGGGCACACGCAGGAGGCGGCCAGCGUGGAAGGGCAGGGGCACGUGCGCACACAGGCUGCUCACUCACCGUGCAUGGGAGGAGGGGAGACCCAAGCCCUAAACCAGCUCUCUCCCCAACACACUGCCCAAAAGAAGAGACCACAUUAAAGUAUU